AUGUUCCCGGCCGCCCUCCUCUUCUCGACGCUCGCCGUUUUGGCGAACGCUUUAUACUUGAACGAAUCACCCGAGGCUAGAUCUUCCCAGCAGGUGAAAAGGCAGUCGACCACCAAAUAUGUCGUAGCGCACCAUAUCGUCGGUAACACGUAUCCUUACACCGUCGACGACUGGGCCAACGACAUUGAGCUGGCCUCCUCGCACGGUAUUGACGCUUUUGCGCUGAACGUCGGCAGCCUGUCAUGGGAAUUUGACAGAGUUGCAGACGCAUACAAAGCCGCUCAAAAUUCGGGCACCAACUUCAAAUUAUUUUUCUCGUUUGAUAUGACAGCGCUCCCUUGUGCAACUGCUCAGGACGCAGCCGCACUUGUGGGCCACGUGACGGACUAUGUAUCUCAUCCAAGUCAAUUCAAGUAUGAUGGCCUGGUAUUUGUAUCCACUUUCGCAGGAGAAUCUUGCACCUUCGGUCAAUCGUCGGUGGUCCAAGGAUGGCAGACGCAGUUCGUGGACAAACUGACGGGUAGCAACUCGAUUUACUUCGUCCCGUCAUUCUUUGUGGACCCCGGUACGUUCAGCACGUAUAACGAUGUGAUGAACGGCGCUUUCAACUGGAACUCCGGCUGGCCCAUAUCGUUGACCACUGACACUUACAUCAGCGGUAUCGCAGCUAUGUCGAACGAUGGACAUAAUCGCGCGUACAUGGCUGCUGUUUCUCCGUGGUUCUUCACGCACUACGGCCCUGACACUUACAAUAAGAACUGGAUCUAUCUCGCAGACUGGCACCUUUAUCCACGCCGAUGGCAGAAUCUGGUCUCUCUGCGCGACAGCGUAGACAUCGUCGAAAUCGUAACUUGGAAUGAUUACGGGGAAUCUCACUAUAUCGGGCCCAUCGAGGGCGCACAACCUAUGAGUGAGGCCUGGGUGAACGGGUUCGAUCAUCAAGGAUGGCUGGACAUGACGCCUUACUUCAUCACUGCGUUCAAAACGGGUUCUUAUCCCACCAUCACGAAAGACAAGAUCUAUCUAUGGGCUCGUCCUCACCCUAGGAAUGCGACCGCGUCGGACCCUGUGGGGCCACCCACCAGCUAUCAGCUGGAUCAAGAUCAACUCUGGGCUGUCGUCAUGACCACCGCAUCGUCGACUGUCACCUUGUCCACCUCUUCGACUAAUUCCAAGACCUUCUCUGUCAAUGCUGGGUUAUCACUCUUGAACAUUCCACUUACCCCUGGUGGCUCCAUGUCGGGCACGGUCACCAGGAACGGUCAGACUGUAGCAUCGCUUUCACCCACUGGGUAUACCUUCAAUCCUAACCCCAGCUCGUACAACUAUAACGCUUUCGUCGCUUAUUCCACUUGA